AUGCUGCCUGAUAAGCGGCCAGGUCCUCGAGAUCAAGGGCACCUCGAACGCUACUCCGACUCCACCGGUAGCUUCAUCUUUCCCGGCGGAUCGCAUGGACAGAAGGUGUUGAUACAUGACCGCAAACUCGUCAAGAACAGUUCCACACAGUUCCCAAAGAUCCCUGCGGGCGAAAAGAAGACGAUCGAGACGGCGAAAGAUUUGAAGAACGAGCUUGCAAUUUGGCAGAAGAAGAUCUCGGAUAUCAAGACAAAGAAGAAUGGUCACAAGAAAGAACAUGGCAACGGAUGGCGAGCAAAUGCCGCCGAACUUCACCCUGCCUUCCACCAUCAACCACCACGCGCCGCGCACAUCACCAUUAUGCCGUGCACACACUGCGAGAGGGAGGGGAAUGAGUACUGCCACCUCGACUCUAUGUACCCGUGUACCCCAUGCAGCAAUAACAGGGAGCCGCCUCGGGAUCCGUCUUCCGCAAAGAAGCAGCAGUCGAUGAAGUUGUUCAACUCCAGCGUUCCACCACAAAUGCGUGAGAUUAGGGUAGCAAGCCAAGCUGCCUCUAUGCAAUCGACUUCGACCGAGCCGUUUACGUUCGCGGCGAACGGUCCAUCCCAAACACCACAAGGGAAGCGAGGAUCCACAAGAGAAGCGAGGUUCUCCGCCGAGCGCUUCGUUCCAAUCCUCGGCUGCUUCUACGCAAGCGGCCUCUUCGCAAGCGGCCUCCUCACAAUCGACCUCCUCACAGUCGAUCUCCUUACAAUCGACUUCGACUGA